AUGAAACGCAUCGCGGAGCGCCAAAUCCAGCGUGAAGACGGUGACGACCCACACGCCGUUGAAGAUGCCACUACUGAGGCUGCGUCCACGCACAUGCCGCGAGAGGCAGCGCCACGCGUAAUCCGCGGUUUGCCCAAGCGCAAGGGCGUCGCGCCGUCGCCCAGUGCACCGGCCUUAUCUGCCAACCCAUUUGCACAGCUGGCCCCUGCCACAAGCUCAAGCUCCCUCUUCGGUCAAGUUCAGCUCACACCGAAAAGCAGCAGCGGAAGCGCACCCACCGCACCAAAGGGCCCCGCGCCGCUACCGACGUCAUUGUCGCAGCCCGUGCUCCCAGUGGCGACCAAGCCCACACCGACUACGCACAACGAGCUCGAAUAUUGGAAAGGUGUGCGUGGCCUGAACUGGUCUAUGAUCCGGCAUCUCGUCCAAGUAUGGAAUGCAUCGGAUGAGCUGGCAGAUUUUCAUACAACCCUCUUGCAAUUUGCCGCGGCGUACCGCGAGCACCAUGAGGCUCUUGCAAGCAAGUGGCUCGGACAUACGCUAGAAACCUCCUCCCAAGCACUUGGAUCGGCUCCCACAGAGUCGGCCUCUUUGAGCUCACCGAAGGCGGCCAUGUCCACUGCGGGACCUAGCAAGUCCGCCUUCUCAUUUGGCGUCAAGCCAGUCAGUUCGCCGUCUUUCUCAUUGAGUGUGGGAAAACCGGCAGAUGCAGAAACGGGGUCAGCCAAGCCGGCCUUUUCGAUCGGCUCAUCCAACGAAAAGUCGGCCGCAGAGACAGGCAAGCCAGCUUUCAAACUGAGCCCAGCGAUGGAGUUGACAGGAAAGCCCGAUUCUUCGUCGAUGGAUGCACCAGUGAAGGCUGCAUCGGUGUCCGAUGAGUCCACAAAGGGAACGAAACCGGCCUUUUCUUUUGAUACCAAGGAAAAGACUGCCUCUGAGAUUGGCUUUUCUUUCGGUACGGCAAAGGAUGAUUCUGCUUCAAAGAAUACUGAUGGCAAGCCACCUUUUUCUUUCGGCACAGCCAAGGAGCCACAGGGCUUUUCCUUUGGUGCUGCGAAGGACGAUGCUGCUUCGAAGACUGCCGAGAGCAAGCCAGCAUUUUCUUUCGGCACAGCCAAGAAACCACAGGGCUUUUCUUUCGGUACGGCAAAGGAUGAUGCUGCUUCAAAGAAUACUGAUGGCAAGCCAGCAUUUUCUUUCGGCACAGCCAAGGAGCCACAAAGCUUUUCCUUCGGUACGGCAAAGGAUGAUUCUGCUCCAAAGACUACAGAUGACAAGCCAGCAUUUUCAUCUAGGACAGCCAAGGAAACUCAGGGUUUUUCUUUCGGUGCUGCGAAGGAGAACAAGCCGGUCUUUUCGCUCAGCACUGCCAAUGACGAUGCUGCCUCAAAGACUGCCAAGGACAAGCCGGCCUUUUCCUUUGGCACUGCGACACACGAUCCUGCUUCAAAGACUGCCGAGGAAAAGCCAGCAUUUUCUUUCAGCACGACUAAAGAGCCACAGACUUUUUCUUUCGGUACUGUGAAAGAGGAGGCUGCUUCAAAGACUGCCAACGACAAGCCGGCCUUUUCAUUUGGUACUUCUUCCCAUGCACUUACCCUUUCAUCUAGCACAAGUAAGGACCAGCCUACCCUUUCCUUUGGACAGUCGGCUUCUUCGAAAGUAAGCGACAGUGGCGAGAAGCAGACCAACGAAACGAGCGUGGAGAGCCAAGAAAUUGCACCUGCCGUUUCGUCCGUCCCUACGACUUCAGAAGAACCAUUGACUCCCGCGAACAAGGCAAGCGGCACACUGGACCAACCUACCCCUCAUGGGGAGACUCCGAAUGACAAAGCACAAAAUUUGGGCGUCCCGUCUACGGGCAAACAGGAUGAGACAUUCAAGACGGCCGAGAGCGGCCCGGCACUGAAGCUACCAGCUCUACCGAGCGGUGGCUUCUCGUUUGCAGGUCAGGCUGCGCGAUCCUUUUUUGAGUCAUCAUCGCAACACACUAUGGACGGUGUCAAAGCGCCUGCAUUGACCGUGCCGCCUGGCGGUUUUGCGUUUGGUUCGAAUCAAGUGAAGCUCGCGGGGGUGUCCAAGGACAGUCAGGUGCCCGGCGACGCCAACACGAAAGCGCCUAAGGACGAUGCGCCCAAAGACCCUAUUACGCCCCCAAAACCUACAGCCACAACUAAACCGAUCACAUUUGGAUCCGCUACGUCGCCUGCCUCACAUGUGCCGUUUGGCGCUGCUGGCUCGCCGCCAGUAGCCCCGCACCGCUUCUCGUUCGGAUCGAGCCCGAAAGAGGAUAAUUCACCCUUUACCAAGACGGCCAUUGGCCCGUCUUUUGCUAACACAACGGGUGUAGCGCACGGCGGCUCCUUCCAAUUUGGCGAGACGCCCAUCGCCUUUGCGGCACCCAACCCGGAGCCGCCCAAGGAGGAUGACAACAAUCCCUAG